AUGUCUAUGAAAUUGGCAGCUAGGGAAGUGAAGUUUGAAGCAAUGGUUAGCAGUUUGCCUAAGGAAAUCGUACAUGAUAUCCUUUUGAGACUACCUCCUAAAGCUUUGAUCAGAUGCACCUCGGUGUCCAAGCCUUGGAACUCCAUGAUAAAAAGUCCAAGCUUUAUUCGCACCCACCUCAGCCUUACCAUCGAUUUUAACCAGUUUGGCACCCACCAACUCCUUCUGCAUUGUGUUCGUGGAGACAAUCCAGUGGAGCAGAAUUACUAUUUGCAUUAUGAUAACCAUGCUUUUGAUGAGUACUGCAAGCUAGAGUAUCCAAGUGUUCCCAAGCGCAAUAGAUUUCUUCGUGUGGCUUUUGUGAACGGGGCAGUUCAUUGGCUGGCAUGGCGCUGCUUGAACGAUGGUCGUUAUCAAAAUUUCAUUUUAGCAAUUGAUGUGGACGGUGAGUUAUUUUGCGAGAUAAGGGUGCUAAAGAGUUUCAGACAGGAUGAACCAUUAGAUUAUCACUUGUCUGUUUCAGGUGAUGGAAACUCCAUUGCUAUGUUCACGACGACGCGUGGUCGUAAUUGUCCUGAGGAUUUUCUUGACAUAUGGGUGAUGAAAGAGUAUGGCAUCGAGGAUUCAUGGGCCAAACUGAUAACUCUCCACCGUAUCCGGAAACAAGGGUGCCCUACAAGCCCUUAUGUUUUAGGAACAGUGGUGAAGUGGUGUCCUGACUUUAUCACUUGUUCUAGAAAAAAACGUCGCAUGUACUGGGAUUUUCUCCGGGAUGCCUUGUGA